AUGUCAGAUCAUGAAUCAAGUGACCCUGAAGAACAAGCAAAGUCCAUUGUCAUUUAUGACAGUGAUUCAGAAAAAGAAGAAGAUGGUGGUAUUUCAAAUACUAAAAAAGCACGUCAAGAUUCAUCAGGCUCAUCUGAUGAAUCAAACGAUUGUUUCGAGCAUCAAAGCAGUAAAAUAUUUAUAUGUCACAUAUAUAAAGGUCAUGAUGCUGCUGCAAUUGUUGUACAAGAAACAGAUACAAAUGGAGAUCAAGUUGAUCAAACAAUUCAUCAUGAUGAAAUUCGUGAGUUCAUAGAGACUCGCUACGUUAGUCCUCCUGAAGCUUGUGCGCGAAUUCUAAAUUAUUCUUUACAUGGUAGAAGUCAUGCUGUGGUGAGACUACCUGUACAUUUGCCAAAUCAACAAACAGUUAUGGUUGACGAUAUUGAUAAUGAAGACGCAAUUCAAGCUGCUUUAAAUAAAGAGUCAAUGUUAAUUGCCUAUUUUGCUUUAAAUGCUCAUGAUCCACAAGCAAGGGAUCUUACAUAUUCUGAAAUACCGACGGAGUAUGUUUACAAAAAGUUAGCAGGUACAUCUACUUAUACUUGGCAACAACGAAAAAGUCAUUUCAGUACUUUGGGACGGAUGUACUCAGUCAGCCCAGCGCAAACUGAAUUAUUUCAUUUAAGGUUGCUUUUGAUUUGCACUAAAGGUGCUACAAGCUAUGAAAAUUUGCGAACAGUUGAUGGAAUUGUACAUGAAACAUAUGUUAGUACGUGUUUAGCAUUGGGUUUAAUAGAGGAUGAUAAUGAAUGGAAAAAUGCCAUGCAUGAAGCAGAAGUUUGGAUGAUGCCUCUCCAAUUACGACAAUUAUUCGUACGAAUUUUACUUCAUUGCCAUCCUAUCCAUCCAGAAGAGUUGUGGGAAGAAUUUAAAGAUGCACUGUCUCAAGAUUAUUCCAGAUCAAUGCCAUUGCAUCAAGCACACAGAACUGCCUACAUUAAAAUAAAUACAUUAUUACAGAAUGAAAGGUCGAGCUUGAAGGAUUUCCCCUCAAUGUCACAAAUUACAGAAAUUGAGAAUGAUGAUACUGAAAUUUCAUUUGAACAGCACAAAGAUACUGGGUCAAGACAAUAUGAAUUACUUAAUGAUGAACAAAAAGCAUUCGUUGAUACUAUUUUGAAAAGAGCUGUAGAUGUUAACAGCACUGCAUCAAAAUGUUUCUUUAUUAAUGGACCUGGAGGAUCUGGAAAAACUUACAUUUAUACAACUUUGUAUCAUUUACUGCGCAGUCUAAGUAAAAAUGUAAGCACUAUGGCCUAUACUGGUAUUGCAGCAACUUUACUUCCAGGUGGAAAAACGGUUCACAAAACCUUCAAAAUUCCAAUUGCUUUAUAUAGUGAUUUUUCAUUAACUAUUACAGCUCAAUCAAAAGAAGCUGAUUAUUGCAGGAAGAUGGAUGUUAUAAUGUGGGAUGAAGCACCAAUGUCACCCAAAUAUGCAUUGGAAUUCGUAGAUCGAACUUUGCGUGACGUAAUGAAUAAAGAUGAACCGUUUGGAGGAAAAAUAUUGAUUCUUGGUGGCGAUUUUCGACAAUUGCUACCAGUAAAAAAAAAUGCAACUCGUGGUGAAUUAGUUGAUUUGUCGAUUAAAUUUACUCAUUUGUGGCCAUAUUUUACUGAGUACACAUUGACUAAAAAUAUGCGAACACGCCCAGGAGAAGUUGAAUUCAGUAAGUAUUUAUUAACAGUAGGUGAUGGCACAGCAAAUUAUAAUGAUUCUGAUUUAAAUCUACCAGACCAUUGUAUCGCACCACGUGAGGCUGAUAUAGCUGAAGAUGUUUACGGGGUUCUAUAA